CCAAAGGCUCAGUAGUAUUCGUCUAGUGAUAGUUGCCACCAUGAUUAUGAACUGUUCAAUUAUAUUCUUAUUAAUGUUUCAAUUCAUUUCAUGUAAAGGUUACAAAGGUGAAAGUUUUCCAGAGAAAUAUCUAAAGCCGGAAGAUGUGGUCCCUGAUAUCGCGGACGCGAAUUAUUACUUGCGGAGUGUAGACAAGAUGCUCGGCUAUUUCGCAUUAUUCGCGAACAGAACAGACAUCAAUAGGGCUUUGGGAAUGUUCUAUAUGAAAGCUAUUCUUAAAAGGACUAUGAUCGAAAACAAGAACAAAAUACAGACGGACCAAGAGAAGUUAAUAAAGAGUGUAAUAUUGCAAGCGGAUAAUGUUAUGUCACACCAUUUUGCCCAUAACAUUAAGCCUCUGGACUGGGGGCAUAUCCUGAAAAGGGCCAGUCAUCUUCUUAUAGAAGAGGAUCUCCAGGUAGAAGCCAUCGGUGAAUUUAAGAGAAAUCUUUUCAAAAAAUGGAUUCUGAGCAACGUGUCCCUCAACGAAUUUGAACAAGAUAUGGAUGAAGUUAAAUUUCCGAAAGAGACUUAUUUAAAGUAUGCUGAGGAGGUUAUAGAGUCUCAGAUAUUCACUAUUAAUAUUGAUGAUUCAGAUUACUGCAUGGGUGAAAUAAUCUACAACCCCACGCCGCUGGAAGACACGCAGACCUUAAGACCGUGCGUUUACGACCAGUUUUGCCCUCAGAUCCUGUAUACACGCGCACCUUCCUUCUCCUACAGUCUCAGUCACAGAGUGUUGAACAUAAUGAUGCCUCGCCACGUCCGCCGCUGUUACAUGCACGACCCGGAAGACGACGAACAGCUGAUGGAGGCGUUAUGUGCCGGCAUGUACCGCGAGGCAGUGUACCUCGCGCGUCGCGGGUACUUCAACAGGGACAUCUGGAUGGAGCACAUCGCUCUGUGUGGCCUGCUGGGUUACCAGGAGUUCUUCCGCCGUCACUGGUUCCGGAAAGUCGUGUCAUGGAUUGACGAGCGAGGCUGCAUUGCUGAGAAUUUCAACUACGAAGCCAAUCGAACUAGAUACCUGCUAGAAAAGGAACCGGAGAAAGCGAAGAGCAUCCUAGAACUGUCGCGGAAGGUACUAGAGGACCCGUGUAGCUGGCACCCGAUGGCGCUGAGCUUGGUGGUGCUGGCGCAUGGCGUCAGACAUGCCGUGCACUUUAGUGAGGUGGAUAAAGUGAAAGAUGAGCUGUAGAAA